GAGAUGCCUAAGAAGGCUGGUGUGACACACAAGGGUAAGAGCCAGAGCAAGGAACCAGAGAGACCACUUUCUCCCUUAGCUCCUGUGGCAGUUGAUCCUAAAGGUUGUGCCACCACAGCCAUCCAUGCAAAACCCUUCUCCAAACAAAAUGCUCUAACAGAUUUGACAGCAGAAGCCGGAAACGUAGCUAUUGCAGCGCCUCCAUCAGAGGGCGAGGCUGAUGCUGAGCUCUGUCCGUAUCUUUCCAAGGUCUUAGAGCUCAGCAAGAGUGAUGUGGUUUUGGAGAAGGGUGGUAAAUCUUGUGAAAAGGUGGUGAAACUUUCGGCCUCCACAAAUCCAGACGAGAUCUUGGAGGAGUUCAAAAAAGAAGCCAAAAAGAAAUAA